GUCGUCAUUUCAACUGUAGAAUACAGCAGCAUAGACACACGUGGGAGACACCAACGCUCGUUUAGAAUGGCGCUUAAAAAAUCAUUAAAAAUUUCUUUGUCUUUAUUGCUGCUUAUGGGAGUGUGUUUGUUGAAGGAUCAGGUCCAAGCUUCUGACGAAUGUGGAAUUAAGCCAUCACAGUCACGUAUUAUCGGUGGAACGACAGCUCUUCCAAACGAGUGGCCUUGGCAAGCUGAAAUCUUGAUGUUAAACACGAAAGAAAACAAGUUUAUUCACAGAUGCGGGGGAGCCUUGAUUGAUAAAUGGUGGAUUGUGACGGCUGCACAUUGUGUCUUUCAAAACAUCGAUCCAAAGAACUACAAGAUCAGGCUGGGAGAGCAUGACAGAUCCAGGAAAGAGCAAGGAGAGAUGGAACUACCAGUAUCGAUUAUUCAUAUUCAUAGUAGAUUCUUGACCAACAGCUAUGGCUAUGACAUCGCUAUCAUGAAGCUAGCAGCCCCGGCCAUUAUUAACCCGAAGGUCUUUCCUGCUUGCUUACCAAAACUAUACCAACAGGUUAAGACGGGACGAAAGUGCUUUGUAACUGGUUGGGGUAUGACAAAAUAUCAAGGUUCUCAUGCCACAAUACUACAGCAGACCAAGUUACCUCUAGUAUCCCACAAACAAUGUGCAGCCGUCAACGGACUUAUUCGCGAAGUAGACAAACUCACCAUGCUGUGUGCUGGGUAUGGAGGCAACAGAUCCAUCAGCGGUUGUCAUGGAGACRGUGGCGGACCAUUUGUUUGCCAAGAGGAUGGCGGGCGCUGGUUCUUGAGGGGAGUCGUCAGUUGGGGAGAUAACGAUUGUAGUGGAAAGUCUUAUUCUGUUUUCGCCAGGGUCAGCUCGUUCAUUGACUGGAUUGAUUAUCAUAUGAGCAAGGAUCCGCUUGAAAGACCAACCGGCUGUACGGAUGCUCACUUCUACUGUGAGGAAUGGAAAGCCAAGGGCUAUUGUAACUUCGGUUACUUCGACCAUAUGCUGAAGGGAUACUACUGUAAGAAGACCUGUGGAGCUUUUCAAGUAGAGGUUUAACGAUCUGUUCAAACC